GUUAGCUCGAGGCGAGAUUGAACUCCGAGUCGGCAAUGGUGCACCUGUUGCAGCUUUGGCAAUCGGAACUUAUAGUUUAGUCUUGCCUAGUGGUCUAAUGUUGGAAUUAAACGAUUGCUUGUACGUUCCUGCAAUUAGCAGAAACAUUAUUUCUGUUUCAUGUCUUGAUAAGAGUGGUUUCAUCAUUUCUAUUAAAGACAAGUCCCUUUCCGUUUACAGAAAGAAUGUUUCCUAUGCUAAUGCCAACAUGACCAAUGAGUUAUAUGUCCUUGACUUGGACAUGCCUGUCUAUAACAUACCAGCCAAGAGGAACAAACCGAACGGUUUGAACCAAACAUACCUAUGGCUUUGUAGCUGUGAGGCUUAUGUCAAACGUCUUAUGACGAAUGGCAAGCUUGACGCCAAGUCUGAUAAGUGUUUCUUCGUGGGAUACCCAAAGAAAACUCGAGGGUAUUCAUUCUAUCACCCUAUCGAUAAGAAGGUAUUCGUUGCUUGCAAUGGUGUCUUCCUCGAGAAGGAAUUUCUCUCCAACGCAACUAGUGGGAGAAAGAUAGAGCUCGAAGAAAUUCGAGACGACGAAGAAACUUCCGCGCCGGUUCAGGAACAUGAGCUAGAGGAACAAACCGUUGUACCUCAAAAUGCUCAAGAUACACAAGAACCCUGUAGGUCUAAUCGGUUACGCACGCAACCUAAAGGAAACGAUAUUCCUACUUUAACCACCGUCAAAACAUGGUUGAGUAAGAGUUUCUCUAUGAAGGACUUGGGAGAUGCCUGUUAUGCACUUGGCAUAAGGAUCUAUAGGGAUAGAUCACGGAAGCUGUUAGGUCUCAGUCAAAGUACAUACAUAGACAAGGUCCUUGCUAGAUUGAGCAUGUCUGAAUCAAAACGACGAAGUUUGCCUAUGGUCCAAGGCACGAGUCUUUCCAAGACUCAGGGUGCUUCCACUCCGGAGGAAGUAGAACGCAUGGGAAAUGUUCCUUAUGCGUCGGCCAUUGGAUCCAUCAUGUAUGCGAUGGGCGGAAAAGAAGAGCUCAGUAUUGUCGGAUAUACUGAUGCCAGCUUCCAAACUGAUAAAGACGACUUCAAGUCGCAGGCAGGCAAAAUUCCAAAGAGCAUCAUCAAGAGUCUCCAUACAAGGAUGAGUAAUUUUCUUUGGGGUAAAGUAGAUGGUAGAAAUAAAUAUCAUUGGGCCACUUGGGAGAAACUUUGCUUCCCCAAAGAGGAGGGUGGCUUAGGCCUGACUGAUCUCACCACUAUUCAAGAAGCUUAUGGACUCAAAAUGUGGUGGACUUAUACUCAAAAUGAUUCAUUGUGGGCAAAGUUCAUGAGGGCCAGAUACCCUAGAGGUCUUGACACUGCCCCCAAAAUCAUAGACUCUAUCUAUUGGAAAAGGCUCUACAAAGCCAAUGACAUUGCGCAAAGUCUGUUCCAUAUAGAUGAUUUUGGGAGACUUUGGUGGAAUAACAAUGAUGCUGGUUUUAGCAUGAAGAAGGCAAAGAAUUCACUGAGAGAGAAAAACCCCAUCCAUCCUUUCACUAAAUCCUGCUGGACCCCUAAGCAGACUCCUAAACACUCAUUGUUUCUUUGGAAACUUAGUUUUGGCUACCUCCCCCUUCCCCAAUCACUAACUAGAAUGGGAUUCCAUAGUCCCUCUCAGUAAUCACUCAUUGUUUCUUUGAGGAAGUAUUCAGCAUAAGCAGAGGCAUCAAUCAUGGAAUUUUGAGUUACUUAAACAACUGGUGGAAGCAAGGACAAAAACAAAGAGAUAACACUUUGUUGAUCAACAACAUUCCAGGCAUAAUUACUCAUGAAAUUUGGAAAGAAAGGAAUAGAAGGGUC